GGGGGCUCCUGGGGACCGAGGCGGCUCUGUCCGCGGUCCCGGCCCACCCGGUGCCUCGCUCCGUCCGUCCCCGGUCCACACCGCAGGCGCUCCCCGGGGCUGGGUUCCGGGGUGCGGGUCGGGGCCGCUGCUGUCCCCUGCCACCCACCACGUCCUCCGGGGUGCCCAGUCGGGCCGGCGGUGCCCGUCAGUAGGGACAGAAGGCUCCGUCCUGCCCGCGCCUCCACCCAUGUCCUGGAGCCCAGAGGCAGCUUCGCGCAAGCCAGGCGGCCGGGCCCUGCGGAAGCCCGGCCCUGCCGUCCGGGAGGACUAGAGGCCUCGCCUGGUCGGCGCCCGAGGCCGGCUCUCCGUCCAGCUGACCUGGGCACUCGCACUGCCAACACAGGCAAGGGCGGCCGAACUGUCUCCUGCCCGGCAAUUUCAGUUCCAGGCCUCUCAGCUGCCUGAGGCGGAUAGCUGCGGUGCACUCCCUGGGGAUUAUUGCAAUAACCGAAAAAGAAGCUGCUUCCAGAAGAAAGUUCAAAAUGCAGAAUGAGGACGUAGGGCUUGCGAUGUUAAAGGUCCCAGAGCUACAGUUAAAAAAUGCGGGGCUGGUGUCCUCUGAACAGACAGCUGCCAUGUGUACAAUCCGGCCCAGAAACGCCUCUCUCCUGCCUGGGCCGAGGCACCGGUGGUGGGAGCCAGGCAGCCACAAAAGCCUCUUGUCCCUUACAAGCAGAGAGGCAUCUGGAAAUCUAAUGGAGAGAUUCUCACUCAGAUUGUCCUGCAGACUCUCCUACCUCGAUCAAGGAGCGUUCCGCAAGGCGGAGAUAAGCAUUCUUUA